GGCGUGGCAUUCUCAAAAUACCUUCACGUCUGCUCGAUCGGCGGUAGUUCCUCCGAAUGCUUUAAUGUAGCGCUAAGGCUUAGACAAUUGUGCACGAUACGCACGCGGGCUGACGGCCGCACUAUGGCCACCCACGUUGGAUAUAUAACGACGGAUCGCUGCUGCUGCCUCUGUAUUCUCUGUUCCUGAACCGAUCCUCAACUGCACCUGUUUACUUAAGCUGUACCACUUAUCUUACUGCCACAAUGUCUCUACACUCCACAACCUCCGCGUCUAGAGACGCCGGGAAUGAUCUGGAGAUGGCAAUGACCACUGAAGAGUACGAGAGGGAAUAUGAGGGCGCAGCAAUCGAGCCUGUCGCUUCCAUUUUCUCAACAGACAAGAAAUAUGCUCAACUCGAAUGGGAUAGCCCCGAUGACCCUGAUAAUCCGCAGAACUGGAGUGCUGCCCGUCGAUGGUAUUAUACCUUUGUGGUCGCCUGGAUGUGUCUCGUUGUCACAUUCGGUUCGUCAAUUUAUGUCGCUGGUGCUACUAGAAUGGUGCUCGAACUGGGAGUAUCUCGGGUAGUGGCUUUCCUCGGUCUAUCUCUCUACCUGGUCGGUCUGGCCUUCGGACCUGCCAUCGCAGCUCCUAUCUCCGAGACCCAAGGACGGUCUGUUGUCUACUACAUUUCCAUCCCCUUGUCGAUGCUCUUCACCACGGGUGUUGGCAAGGCUCAGAACAUCGGCACCGUUCUCGUUUGCCGUUUCUUUGCCGGCUUGUUUGCUUCCCCAGUGCUUGCUGUUGCCGGCGGCACUAUCCAAGAUAUGUGGCCAAUGCACAUGGUCGGCCUCGCCAUGGCUGGUUUCUGUCUCGCGCCUUUCGCAGGCCCCGUGUUGGGUCCUAUCAUUGGCGGAUUCUUGGAAGAGAAGAAGAGCUGGCGCUGGACAAUGUGGGUGCUCCUUAUGUUUUCUGGAGCCGUCUUGCCGCUUAUCGCUUCGCUCAAAGAGACAUACAAGCCUGUGAUUCUUAAGCGUCGCGCAAAGAAGCGUGGUCUUACUUUGCCACCCAGUAUGCCUCCUGGUCAAGCAUUGAAGCUGCUAUUCUCGGUCACCUUGCUCAAGCCAUUCGUGCUGCUCUUCACCGAGCCUAUUGUGUUUGUGCUCUCUGUCUACAUGGCGUUCGUCUUUGCCGUUCUCUUCGGAUUCUUUGAGGCAUUCCCCUAUGUGUUCAAGGUAGUCUACGAAUUCACUCCCGGACAGCAAGGUCUUGCAUUUUUGGGAAUCGGCGUCGGCCUGCUUGGCGGUACAAUCUUCUACAUCUACAUGGACAGAAAGCACUAUGCUCCCGCCAUGCGUCAGCCCGUCUUUCCCGCCGCAGAGUCGCGAUUGCUACCUGCCAAGGUCGGCGCUGUUGCACUUCCGAUCGGUUUGUUCUGGCUUGCCUGGACAUCGAAGAAGAGCGUGCACUGGAUCGUUCCUAUCCUUUCUGGCGUCCCAUUCGGCUUCGCGCUGAUCUUGCUGUUCUUCACAGUCAUCACCUACUUCUCCAUGUGCUACCCCGCCAUCGUCACCGCAUCCGCUAUCGCGGCUAACAACAUGGCUCGGUACUUGAUGGCAGCUGCCUUCCCGUUGUUCACCAUCCAAAUGUACAACAAGAUGGGAAUCGACUGGGCUACCAGUUUCUACGCCUUCUUUGCUUUGGCACUCAUGCCCGUUCCGUGGGUCCUGGAGAGAUACGGCGCCCGUCUUCGGGCCGCCUCAAGGUCAAAUAAGCAGGCCAGAGCCGCCGCCGCCCAGGCUGCUGCUGCUGCUGCCGCUGACCAGCAGGAGACCGAGAAGGAGAGUGACGUCUCGAGCUCGAAUUAGGACAGCUUGUGAUACCUUUGUGUUUUUGGGA